AUGCCUCGCCCAGUAACACGUGCCAAGAAUGCCAAUCAACAUCCUGGAAAGAUUUUACUUAAUCUGCAACCAAAAAAGCACUCUCGAGCAGAGGUAGUGCAGGAGAGGGAACAGCUUAAACUCACCAAGGAGGAGUUAGUCCAGGCCAUGAAGCUUGGUCUUGCUGCUGCAGCAAAGGUCGAAGAUAAGAAUGAAGAACAAGAUGUACCUCCCCCCUCCCAGUGGCACCUGGCACGCUUAUCCCGUCGUAAGAGCAGCCUGAAGGCUGUCCCAGAUAGCGAGGAUGAAAGGAGAUCAGUAGGCAGCAAGGGCAGCAAGGCUGGUGAUGGUGAUAACGAACCUAUUGAUCUGAUGGGCUCUUCUCAACUAGAUAUUGACUCGAUGGAGGCCUCUCAAGCCGUCAAUGACAUGGGUGGAGUCAAUGAUGAUAGUUUUGAGGAGAGUGAUGAAGUGGAACUUGCUGAUACCAACUUGAUGGAGGAGGCCUCUCAAGCUGUCGGUGGCAUAAAUGGAGUUGAUGAGGAUGUUUUAGAGUUGAGUGACAAAGAGGAGCUUGUAGCUAAGAAAAAGAAGAAGAUGGGCGGCCUGGAGAUUUGA